AUGCAAUUGAAAGUACCAUUCGAAUACGAAUCCGAAACCAAAGACUUCGACUUUGAAAAAUACUACUAUUAUUUUGUAAAAACCAAUCCAAAUUUAUAUUAUGGCGAUAAAGAUGCUUUAAAUCUCAUUAAAAAAUACUCAGUAAUAAGCAAGUAUGAAUAUCUUCAUCCAUCAUCAUUCGAUUCUAGUAGUCAUUAUGUUCGGGCCUUAAAGGAUGAAGUUUUUGCAGACAAAUUAGGAAGUGUCUUUAAAAGUUUUAAUUAUGCUUCUGUGGGUGUUAUAUUCAUUAAACUAGUCAAAUUAUUAAAUCCAGACGGGGAGGAUAAAAAUGGGGAAUAA